UGUGUGUGUGUGUGUAUCCGAUGCCCAUGUUUCCACCAUUUGUCUGUGUCCCAGAUUUUGCUGUCUUAUGUUUCUCGAGUGGGCGUGGCUUGCAGUCUUCGUCUAGUCCAGUGACAUAAAAUGCAUGUAUUUUGUUUAAAAAGUUUCAAUUAAUACAUGGCGCUAUGAGGAACUUACAGCCUUUCUUAAAAGUUACUUACAAUUAUAUGACCAAAUAUAAAUUAUAGAUUAGAAUAUGUUAUAAAUAUAUCCGUCCAGGCUGCCUGUGAGACGAAGUGUGAGCAGUAGAUGGAGACAGAGGGCAGUGUGGAGGCGGUGGGUGUGUGUGGGGAGUGUCUAGUGUCCGCGAAGUCUUUCGUGUUGACACACACACACACAGGCACGCAGCCCGUGUGAGACAUGACAGUGUUUUUAGUUGUAGCAUUUCGCCGAUUAAGAAGCUUUUAAACUGGUUCGCUGGGAGUGCGAGUCAUGGCUGUGUUUCAGGGCUGCUCUGUGGUUCUGGACCUGAGGAAAGUACCCUACAAGGAGAAGAAGAAACUGACGUCUGCUAUAGUAGACAAUGGAGGAAGCAUAUCAUAUGUAGUCAACCAGAAGUGCUCCUUUGUGGUGACCAGAAGCCUGGAGGACCUGAGCAGCAACAGGCAGAGAAGUGCUCAGAAGUACCAGAUCCCUGUAGUUGGGGUGCAGUUUGUGUGGAGCUGUCUGGAGAAAGGUGUCCUCCUGCCUGUGAGCGAGCACACUGUAAAUCAGCAGUCGUCUGAUCUCACUCAGCAGCCUCUUUCAUACCCAGCAGGGCUGAAGUCCAGAGAUCAACCACAACUCCAGAGCAGUGAUAUUCACAGAGAGAAUGCUGAGAUUCGUGCGAAGAAAGGCACGUACCUGGGCAAACUGAGAUUAUACAAGGGAAGUGAUGAUGAUAUACCAGAAUUUCCUUCACAUUUCCAAGUGGCAAAGUACUCCAUUUUUUACAAGGCUGAAGUCAUGACCUGGUCAGUUGUGGAGCUUCAGAGUGCCAAAGGUGAAGCAGGACAGCAGUAUCGUGUUGUGAAAUCUGUCAUGAAUGAGGCAGAGAAAACUGUACUACAGGAUAAGCAGGCGCACAGUUUCAGCUCUGAGGAAGCUGUGGACGUCUAUCUGAUGUGGAAGGAUGAACUCAUUGCAAGAGGUGACUCAGAGAAACGCACACUUCCACCAGCAGCCCAGAGGAUGGCCUCCCAUGGCCUGCAACAGCUGUUGUUGGAGGAGAAGCUGAACUGCAGUACAGUCUCACAGGAAGUAGGCACCUUUGUGGAACUGAUCUGGACAGAAGCCCUCGGGUCACUCAGAAGCAUCCUGACCGUUCCUGUCGGCAGCAUCAGUCUGAAUGAUGUGAGCAGGGUGGAGGGUUUGUUGCUGCAGGUACAGAAGUGUCAGUGUGAGGAUGAGGUGAAGGCUCUGCUGGAGGAGGUCAAUACUCUGUUACCUCUCAGAAUGAUGGAGCCUGACUCGAAACAAAAGCUUGUGUCUCAGAAACUAGACCUCUGUCAGCUGAUUCGAGAUAUUCUGAAUAUGAGUGAGGCAACUCUGGGAAACCCCUUUCCAUCCUCUCUGGGGAAGUACAGAGUCCUGAGAUGCAGUAUUGAACAAGUGCCAUCGCAAAGCCCAGAGUUUCAGUCAGUCUGCCAGCUCUUACAGGAUAGAUCAGUCCAGAUCCAGCAGAUACUGCGUGUGAGCAGAGAGACUGAAGUUCUCAUGUUUAGGGAGGAGCUAGGCAAUAUUAAGCCCCUCCUCCAUUCGUCUCAUCCCAGGAGCUUUGCAGGAAUCUUGUCUCGAGGUCUGUUGCUGCCCAGAGUUGGAGUAGAACAGCAUGGGAUUGAAAGAACAGAUGUUGGGAAUCUAGGAGGUGGCAUCUACUUCAGUGACUCUCUGAGCACUUCAGUCAAAUACUCCAAGCCCAGUGUGACGGAUGGCUCUCGGCUGCUGCUGGUGUGUGACGUGGCUCUGGGUCAGUGUAAGGACCUGCACAGGAGGGACACUUCUCUGAACUGCGCUCCUGAGGGCUACAACAGUGUGCACGGAGUUCGCCGUAACCAAUCAACACACUCUGAUUUUGAGGAUGAUGAAUAUGUGGUGUACAACACAGAUCAGGUCAGGCUGAAAUAUGUAGUUCAGUACUCUCUGAAGGAGGAUCAGCUGAAGACCUUUCAGCCUUACAUUAACACAUCUGUAGAGCUCACACACUCUCGCAGAACCUCUGACCUCUGUGAGUUGUCUGACAGUGAUGACAGUGGGGGUUUGGAGAUGACUAAGAACCCUCUGGAGGAGGUCACAGCUGGUUUGUUGGACAGCAGUGGUCAGACACUCCCCCUGCAGGCAGUGCAUGUGAGGUGUAAGCUGAUGGACCUGCUGUCUCAGGUCAUCAUUUUCCAGACAUAUACAAACCAGAGUGCUGUUCCUAUAGAGGCAAAGUAUGUCUUUCCAUUAGAAGAGACAGCUGUGGUGUGUGGGUUUGAAGCCUUCAUUAAUGGAAAGCAUGUUAUCGGAAAGGUUAAGGAGAAGGAGCAGGCACGUAAAGAAUACAGGCAGGCUAUAGAGAAAGGCCAUGGAGCCUACCUGAUGGACCAGGAUGCGCCUGAUGUGUUCACCAUCAGUGUGGGGAAUCUGCCCCCUGGAGCCACAGUGCUGAUCAAAGUGACCUUCAUCACUGAGCUGGUUGUGAGAGCAGGCAGCAUCCUCUUCUCUCUGCCAGGCAGUGUGGCUCCAUGGCAGCAAAGCGCCGCUCUCAACCAGAGAACCCAGACGUCCGUUGAGAAGGUGUGUGUGAACGAGCUUGAACCAGCAGGAGAGUUUUCUCUGUGUAUGUCCAUUGAGAUGCCUUAUGAGGUCCUUGACCUGGAGUGUUCUCAUCGCAUCAAAAUAAAGAGGACAGACUGUAAGGCUGUAGUCAGCACGUUACCAGAUCAGACUCUAAGCACUGAUGGCUUCCAGCUCAGCUUUACUUUGUCUCAGAUCCAUAUGCCCAGGAUGUGGGUGGAGAAACAUCCAGAAAAAGAGAGUGAGGCCUGCAUGUUGGUAUUUUAUCCAGACUUUGAGCCCAGUGGGGUUUCUGCCUCUGGUGUGAGUGAUGUGGUCAUUCUGCUGGACACGUCUGAGUCCAUGCUAGGAGAGGCCAUGCUGAAUGCACGCAGAAUUGCUUUAAAGGUUUUUCAGUCACUGGAUCGUUCACUGCAGGUCAACAUCAUCUCUUUUGGGACUGACUACAAAGAGGCCUUCCCUACACCAAAUGUGCUAGAGGACGGUGAAGUUUUUAAAUUAGCCAAGAACUUCAUUAUGUCCUCUCCUGCUGUUGGUGGUAGCACUGAGCUGUGGAGGCCUCUGCGCAGCCUGAAUCUGCUGCCUCCAUCUCAUGGUGUGAGGGACGUGCUGCUGAUCUCUGAUGGACACAUACAGAACCAACCUCAGACCCUGCAGCUGGUGCGAGAGAACGCCCGCCAUACUCGCCUCUUCACCUGUGGCCUCAGCCCAACAGCUAAUCGGCACAUGCUGAGAGCUUUGGCUCAGGCAGGUGGAGGAGCAUAUGAGUUUUUUGACACAAAGACAAAGCAUACCUGGGCUGAGAAGGUGAAUUCCCAGGUGAAGUGCAUGGCAUCUCCAGGCUGUAGUUCAGUGGCAGUGAAAUGGCAGCAGUUCAAUCCCACAGCACCACCUCCUGUUCAAGCCCCCUCUCAGCUACACGCUCUCUUCAGUGACUGUCACACUCUGGUCUACGGCUUUGUGCCGCACUGCACUCAGGCUACACUUUUUGGUGACCUGAGUGGACAGGAACUUAAGACAGUGGUUUCCACUACCGAAUUACAGAAGACUAAAGGAACAUUCCUUCACAAACUAACAGCAAGAGCGAUCAUCAGAGACUAUGAGGAUGGCAGUCUUGGCUCUAGUGAAGCAGAACAUGAAGGAAAGAAAGCUGAGUUGAAGUCCUACAUCAUCGAGCUUAGUAAAGAGUUCUCCAUCCUGUCUCAGUUCACCAGCUUUGUCGCCAUUGAAGAAAGGGACCAGCAACAGCCUGAUUCUGGAAUCACUGAUGUCCCAAAGUUAAUUGCAGAAGAGGAUGUGGAUAUUCUGCCGUACAUGGGCUGGACUGAAGAGGAGCAGAUAUGUUUGGGGGAUGUGGAGUCUUUUAAUUAUGAAUGCUUGGAGACUGAUUUAACCGGAUAUGACUUUUUUGAUGAUCUCCAAAGUUCAUAUGUCGAUUGCUCCUUGUCUUUGGAUGAUCACAGUCCUAUCCAGAAGACAGCGGCUGCUACUUUUGAGUCACCAUUAGAAGGCGCAUUUGUUGGUGAAGAGCUUCAGCCUGAUACUUGGUCAGCUGGUGCGAUGUUUUAUGGUGCUAGGAGGAAUUCAAAGAAGAAGAAGAAGAAACAAUUAUUCUCCGAAACAUAUAAAGGCUAUGGAGCUGCUCAUCCCAUAGAAGCUUUAGCAUCUAGUCAAUCCCCUGCAAACUUCCUCAUGCCUGAGUCUCAUUCUCAUCGUUUUGGUUCUUCUGCUUUUAUUUGUCUUUCUGCCUCCAUAGAGAGUGACAUUCCCAUUGGUCCAUUUACUCAGACUGACCCAGAUGUAUCCAUCGCAUCUUUUGAAGAUGGCUGUCCUCUGCCAAGAACACCACCUGAUGCUGUUGACUUAGCAUUAGACGAGGCCCCCAUCCGCUCUUCUGAGCCUUACACUGAAACUCCUUUUGAAGGUGUUGCUCACCAUGCUGCUUCCGCAGCAUGUAGACCGGUUCCUCCUCUUCGUUCUGGUGCUGCUCUUUUCUCCAUUCCUAAUACUGCUCUUUUUCUCCCUCCCCCAACUGCUUCUCCUGGUUUUGGCACUCAACUCCAUGCUUCUUCCUUCACUACCUAUUCUGCUUUGCCUCCCCUUUCUUCUUUUGCUGGUGUUCUUCCUCCUUCUCCUCCUCCUCGUCUUCCUUCUGCUUGUGCUCCUCCGCCUCCUCCUCCUGGUUUUGUUCCUCAACCCGGUGCUUCUUCCUUCACUACCUAUUCUGCUUUGCCUCCCCUUUCCUCUUUUGCUGGUUGUCCUCCUCCUCCUCCUCGUCCUAGUCCUCAUCCUCCUCCUGCUCCUCCUCCUCCUCCUCCUCCUCUUCUUGACGCUUUUUUCUUAAGUGCUGAUGAUGCUGCCCCACCCGCUUCUCCUCCGCCCCUAGGAACAGUUGUACCUGACAGCCAUCAGUCCCCUCUUCCUCAGUUUCAUUUUGCUGCUCAGCAUUCCCGUGAUUCCCAUGAGUCCCUUGUUCCUUGUGCCCUUGAAUCAGCAGUUUCUCCAAAACGUGGUCGGCACCGUCGUGUGGCGUUAGCUAAAGCGUCCUCUGGUGUUGAUUUUGGAUUUCGUUCGGGCUCCCCCAGGAUUAAAUGUAGUUUUUCCUCAUGGAAAGUUGGUAAUUUAGAAAAGGCGUUUGGCCCAGUUUCUGUAGAGAGGCCUGAGGAUGACCUACUGGAGAUGGAUAGUAUCGGUGAACAAUACAGACGACCCGACAGAAUCAACUGGGAGGAGAUAUUUGACCUUCAGCAUCAGGAUGGCUACUGGGAAUGUACAGGAAGAUUGAGUAGGUUCCUGGGUCUGGAUGUGGACUUCUUUGCCAACGUCUUCCUGAAAGAGAAAGGCAUCUGCUCUUUGGGGGUGAAGGCUCAUGCUGAUAUCCUGAGGCUGGUGGCUACACUGCUGGUGUUGCAGCUGAUGCGUGUGAUGAAGAUGACAGAAGUUGAGCUGUUCCAGUCUCUCUUCCGCCUCACUGACUCUCCUGAGCCCAGGCCAGCAUGCUAUGAAGCAGUGAAGAAGGCAGUGGACUGGGUCUGCUGGGCAGACAGACAGUACCCAUGUGUGUGCAGCAGACUGGAGUUUGGCUGGGACUGGGAGUCCUGCACACGCCAGCUGCUGGGUCUGGACUCACUGCACCCCUGCUCCCCUCUGACCUCUGUCCUGCAGAGGAGCGCACAAAUAUCUGUCAUGUAGAUCAAAUACUGACACUUCAGCGGGAAUUCCAUAACUAUUCAUUUAGCCAAACAAAGAGCAACAACAAUAAUCUUUAUAGUGGCAAUAUUAAAUGUUUAAUCAUAUAACCUUGAAUAUUCUGUCAUUAUAUAACUCUUUCCUGAGCUCUUGGUCCCUUUGUACAAAAAUAGAACAUUUUAAAACAAACCAAACAGGUUUUAGGAUAAAAAAUCCUAAGACUUACGUUCAAGAGCUGAGACCACAGCUGGAAAUUCAUUAGGAAACGCAACAGUGUAACAUAGCACAAUCAAAAUGGCACUUCAGAUGGUUAAUCUAAAUAACAGUAGGAGGAGAGGGACAAGUUUUUAACAGGGACCUGAAACACCAGGCUUACUCUUGUGCUCAAAUUUUAGCUGUAUUAGCAAAAAUAAUUUGGGAUGGAUGAAAAUGAAUGAGAAAAUUAAUUGAAAUUGUUUAGUAGUUUUUGUAACCGCUUGGCUUGCUGUUACUGCACUUCAUAAUAUUGAGUGAAAUAAAAAUGUUUUACUGUUUUCUUUUACUUGCCUAAAGCUGCAUGUUUGAGGAACUUGUCUAAAACUAUUAAACUUUGGAGCACAGAA